GUAUUCGUAAACCCGGAAGUUUACCCCUGAGCGACAACAGCCAGCGAUGGCGGGGGACACUACAACGGAGCUUCUUUUUCUUGAUACGUUCAAACAUCAGAGUGCAGAGUUGACCAACGUUGAUGUGGUGCGAUUCCCAUGUGGAGUUUUGAUCACAGAGGUGCGGGUCAUUCCCCCCGGGAUCAAAGCACACAGCAGCUUACCUGACAGCAGAGCAUUUGGGGAAACGUCUCCUCAUGCCUUCCAACUGGAGCUGUUCUUCAACAACGUCACCAAACCCAACAGCCCCACCUUCCACAGAUUGGGCAGUCUGGAAUACGAUGAAAACAAGUCCAUCAUCUUCAGACCCAGUGGAAAGAUCAACACAGAUGGCCUGGUGCUGCGUGGCUGGUACACCAGUCUGACUGUGGCCGUAUAUGGCACAGCAGAGCGCUCACACGCACAUGACCAAGACUCGCCCCCUCCUCCACCACCCCCACCCCCCCAACAACAAAGUGGACCCAAAAGGAUCAUCAAACAAGAAUGGGAAAAGGACGACCAGUACAAUGGCAGCCCACCCAGACCAGCACCCCGAGGGCCUCGCACUCCACCUGGCCCUCCGCCUCCGGAUGAUGAUGAUGAGGAGCAGGUCCCAGUGACAGUGGGCGUGGUCAAAGACGAGCCAUGCGAGAGUCGUGAGGAUUACCUUGAGGCCGUGUCACCCGAGAGAUCACUGCCUGCUGACGAGCCAUACUCAGACGCUGAACAAGAGGAAGAGGGCGAGGAAGAGGAGGAGGAGGAGGAGGAAGAAGAUGCACGGACAGAGGGAAGCGCCCCGGAGGAGGAGGAGGAAGAAGAGGAGGAAGAAGAUGAGGGUGAUGACGGCUAUGAGCAGAUUUCCAGUGAUGAGGAUGACCUGGAUAAUGGCAGCUUCAAGCUGCCCAGCUUUGAUAUGGACUACACACCUGAGGACCUGGCAUCUGUUCCACCAGUACAGUAUGACCCCUAUGAGCGAGAACUCAGACCGCUGCUCUACUUCACUCCUCCAUACAAGACCCGCUUCGAUACCCAGCUUGAGAAGGCCAGUCUAGAGGAGCCCAGGGAUCCUGGAGGCACAGAGGGUUCAGGAGGCUCCGAGGGGAGUGAGGCUGCUGCCCAGCUGAGAGAACUCCUGGCUAGCGUAGGAGAGGACAGAGAUGCCCGCUGGGUUGCGGCUCUGGAGCAGGCACCAGGUCUACUGGCUAAAGGGCUGGGCCAUUUAAUCAGACAGGGAGACGGAGACUUGGAGGAUCCCAUAGGAGCUCUUGUUCAGUGGGCUCUCCAAGCUCUCAGUAUGGAUAUUGCACUCACACAACCAAUCGCUCUUAACCUAAGACAGCUGAAAGCUGGCGCCAAGCUAGCAUCUCACGUGGCAGAGUGCCCACAGGGCCUCACAGCACUGCUGUGUGAAGGGGCCCUCAACCUGCAUCUGGAGCUGCUCCAUAGGGACCAUGUAUCCUCCACACUGAAGCUGAGUAUCCUCAGAGCCCUGGAUGCCCUGACCAGUGCUCCUGCUGGUGUGGAGGCCUUCCUGCAGGCCGGGGAGUCGGAGAAGAGUGGCUAUCAGCGUUUAGUCCAACUCUUCCUGCGGGAAGAGACAGUGAGGGUCGUAACAGCUGGCAAUGCCAUAUUACAGAAGAGCCAUAUGUAUGAGGUACUGACUGACCUACAGCGUGCAGCAACAGCGUGGAGCGAGCCACAGCAGGAGGACAUGGAUGAUGCUGAGAGCCCUAUGGAGGAGGAACCAUCACUAAGCUCCUCCCCUGUGAGUGAGGCAGAGCUUGAUAGGCUGGCAGGGGUUCUAGAAGAGUUACAUCACCUGCUAGAGACGGCUCCUCACAGCAUGGUGCAACCGCCGGGGAAAGCCUUCCCCACCACAGCUAGAAUAACAGGACCACAGGAGAGGGACGAUCCAUACCCAACACUGUAUAGGUACAUGCAUGCCUGCCACUUCCUGGAGAGUACAACAGUGGUGUUGUCGGCGGCUGCGGCGGCCGGUCACUCAGGUGUCACUCAAGCCGUCAGAGAGCUUCUCCGCUUCCUGUCUCUCACCCAGUCGGGUCUGCUCUUCCUGCUUGCCCAACCAACCCCCACCAACCUGCUGCUGCGCCUGCUGGCGUCCGUGGCCGAGGUUGAGGGCGAGGAGGCUGCAUUGACGGGGGGCGAGGGAGGACUCACAGGGCCAGGAUGGGGUGAAGAGGGUUUGGGGGUGUGGCUGAUGCAAGCGCUGCAUGCUCUGCAGGGCGUGUCGGAGCUGAUGAGUCACGUGGCCACGGGUGGAGAAGGAGGAGCAGGGCUAGAGGAAGGGGACAAUGCAGAUGUACUGGGCAUGCUCCAUGCCCUCUAUCUGAUUACCUUCACCCAGACAGGCCGCAGUGCUGUUGCCCAUGUUUUCAGCCUGGACAACAACCUCUCCUGUCUCAUCACCCUGCUCCAGCACCACAGCAAGGACGGACAGGGCGAGGCAAAGGCCCGUAAAGCGGUGACAUACAACUAUGCCUGUAUGCUGGUGUUGCUUGUGGUGCAGAGCUCUAAUGAUCUGCGGAUGAUGGAGCAGUACGCCGCUCCACUACUCUCCUUAGCCAAGGCAGAUGACACCAAUGCCAAGUUGCAGGAGCUCAGUAAAUGGCUGGAGCCUCUGGAGAAACUGCGCUUUGAGAUUGGCAGCAUUCCGACCCUCAUCGACUACAUCAAACAGAAUGUGGAAAAUAUGCUGACUGCAGAGGGAACUGGCCUGGUGACAGCUCUCAGGGUCCUCUGUCACAUUGCUUGCCCCCCACCUGCAGUUGAGGGUCAACAGAAGGAUUUGAAGUGGAGUCUAGCUGGGGUCCAGCUGUUCUCUGGUGAGGGUCUGGACACGUGUGUGCGGAUCCUGCAGAAGCUCUGCAGCGUGCUGCUGCAGCCAUGGCGUGUGCACGGACACAUGGGCCCCACGCCACAGCGCUGCAUGAUCCUCAGCAUCUGUAUCAAUACGCUGCGGCUGCUGCGCACCAUGCUGACAGAGCUGCUCCGCGGGGGGGCCUUCCAGUUCAGGGACACGCGGGUGGCCAGCGUGCUGGUGACGCUCCACAUGAUCGUUUGUUCUGUCCCUGCGUCCGGACGUCUGGACGGGGAGGAGACGAGAGUGCAGGCACUUAUUGUUGACGUACUGCUCACCUUCACGCAGGGUGUCAGUGAACAGGUGACCCAUACAGAGGAGACUCUGGCCAGUAACACCUGGUCUCUGAUGCUGAAGGAGGUUUUGAGUUCGCUGCUGAAAGCUCCUGAGGGUCUGUUCUCUGGCCUCACCCUGCUGUCUGAGCUCCUGCCGCUACCUCUGCCCAUGCAGAGCACACAGGUGAUGUCAGUGCAGGACGUGGCGGUAGCGUUAAAUACCAGGAAGCUGUGGAGCAUGCACCUGCGUGUGCAGUGGAAAGUGUUUGCCGAGGCUCUGAGGUGUGUGUGUGCCACCAGCUGCCCUCCUCUCUUGGCCAUGCUCAGGAGGGUGUGUGUACAGCUGGCAGACUUGUCUUCACCCACUGCCACGCUCAUCAUGAAGACGCUGCUGGAACUGCUGCUGGAGGAGCUGCAGCCGGCGGAGGGCAAAACUGUGUGCUGGGGGCAGGUCUUGCGUCUGCUCUCGCUGAUGGAUGCCCUGGUGUCGCAGAGAGCCUGUAAAAGCGCAGCAUUGCACCUUCUAUCCGGCUCCGCCUCUGGAGAUGAACAACUGGCCGACCUCUUCCCCUUGCUGCUGUCCCUAUUAGUUCCUCCAGCUGAUCACUCCAUACAACAGCAGCACUGCAGCGAACUAGUGGGGACGAUACUUCAGUCACUGUGUGACCAGGACAUUUCUCUGGUGGUGGCUCCACCUGGUGAGGGCUGUGUAUCGGAGGCUGAGCAGCUGGCCAAUGCGCUUCCGGGGCGAGAGAUGAUGUCAUUGGUGUGCAAUGCCUUGUUGGAGGUUUUGGGGAAUGCAGAGAGCAGCACCACUCUCCUCCUCACCUGUAUCAGAACCUUGAUGUUCCUAACGGAGCAUGACUACGGACUCUACCAUCUCAAAAGUGCGCUAAAGAAGCAUGGUGCAGGCUUGUGUUCACUACUGAAGAGGCAGGUGUUUUCCUUCAACAAGGACUCUGCAGAACUGCUCUCCAUGCUGCUUGACUUUCUCAGACAGAUCCUCAACACAGAAUCAAUGUGUGGUGAGGAGGGCCAGGGGCCCGGCGAUGAGGCAGGCUUCGCCCCGCCUCCACGGUUGCUAACUCUAACGGGCUCAGAGAUGAAGGCUUUGCUGCAGUGGGAGGAGUCAGAGUCACACCCACUCCCGACUCUGGAGAAACACAUCACGAAGCUGUGUAAGGAGGAUGACUCGUUGGAGACGAUGUUGGAGAAUGUGAUUGUUCUGAGGCAGACACUGGAAACUGCCACAGACACUCCUCCUGCAGUUGAUACUGAGCCCACUCUGCCAGCACCCGAAACUCUUUUGGCCCAGUUUAAUCACAGGACGGUGUUCAUUCUGUCCGAGGCUCUGGAUGAGCAGCUGAAGGCUCUGUGGUUCUCCCCCUUCCACACUGAUGACAUGGAAACAGAACUUGAUAUGGUGAAGGUGGACCUGGUGGGUCUGGCCCAGGAGUGUUGUCCAGAACUGGACCUCAAGGCCGAGCUGGAGCGCUCCUUCCUGUCUGAGCCGUCCUCUCCUGGUCACACCAAGGCUCCCAAAGGCUUCCGACUGGGCAAACACAAGCACGAGACAUUCAUUACAUCUAGUGGAAAAUCAGACUAUGUGGAACCUGCCAAGAGAGCACACAUCAUGGCUGCUCCGCGCGGCCGUGGUGGUCGAGGGGGUUUUGGACAAAAUGUCUGUCGACCCCACGACAUCUUCCGCCAGCGCAAACAGAACACCUCCCGCCCUCCCAGUAUGCAUGUGGAUGACUUUGUGGCAGCAGAGUUUAAAGACAUUGUGACUCCUCUGGGGCUCUUGCCACCUAAACGCCCCCCUAAGAGCUCCCCCAAACCCCCCACCAGAGGACUGUUCACUGGCAACAGAGGCAGAGCCACCUUCCACAGCCAGACUCGCUUUUUCACUCCACCACAACCUAAAGGCGUGCUGCUGUCUGGUAACUAUGCUCGAAGAGAAGGAGGCCGUGGCUCCUCAUGGAGCGGCCAAGUGCCAGCUGUCACUCACAGAGGAACCUACAGUGAACCCCGUGGAGGCCAGAGCAACUUCACACGUGGCCCUCUGCCUUCCCGACAACCCCCAGCAGGUGCAUAUCGCCUGGCUCCACGGGACCGUGCUCCGCGGGGCAGAGGAGGCACCGGCCUGUCGUGGCUUAGCGGGGGAGGAGGCGGCGGCAGCGGAGGAGGAGGAGGUGGCGGCGGGGGAGGAGGAGGAGGUGGAGGGGGAAGAGGAUCUCAGGGGAGCAAGUUCAGUGGAGGGGGAGGGAGCGGAGGUGGAAGGGGCAGGCACGUCCGCUCCUUCACCAGGUAAAUUCACCUGGGCAAUGACUGCAGCCUGUCAGGGCAGCAAAUGGACCAAUCAGGAUAUACAGUACACUGUCUCCAUGGAAAUCUGUCUGUGGUGGGAUGACGUAGAGAUGACGACGUAUGGACUUUGUGUUGAUGUUUUAUGUUUUGUUGUUAUGAAUUGUAUUCAGAGAAUAAAGGUCAUAGAAAUUGAG